AUGAGCGGGCAACUUAAUGUUGCCGAGGAUUCUGUCCUACUUGAUGAUAUUUCAAUAAGUUCCAUACAACCUAUUGUUUCUGAUGUUCCUGCAGCAGAGGAUGUCGGUGAUGAGGACCACAUAUCAGGGGCCAGUAUUGCUGAGAACCGCCCCAAAGAUCCCACACUAGUUAAAUAUCAUGCUGCGUGUCAGAGAGGUGAUUUAAAGACGGUGAAGGACAUGAUAGAAGCUGGAGUGAUCGAUGUGAAAGCGGACUGGGACGAGGAAGAGCAAGUAUCCGGGCUACAUUGGGCGAGUGCAAAUAACAGGUUGAAUUUAGUGCGCUACUUGAUUGCCCAGGGGGCAGAUGUCAAUAUCAAGGGCGGUGAUCUGGAGGCUACACCCCUCCAUUGGGCUUCGAAGUCGGGCUAUGUAUACAUCGUGCACUGCCUUUUAGAGCACGGCGCAGACCCACUGAUAACUGACAGACAAGGUUACAACCUUCUUCACACAUCGACGUUUUCCUCUGAGGUAAUGUUGAUUACCUACGUGCUGUUCACAGGACAGAUUCCAGUGGAUAGCCCAGAUCCGACUGGGAAGACCGCUUUACAUUGGGCUGCGUAUCAGGGGGACCCUAACACCGUAGAAGCGCUAUUAAAGUUUGAUGCUGACGUGCGAGUAGUUGAUACGGGUGGAUUUACUCCCCUACAUUGGGCUACAGUGAAAGGUCAUCCGCAUGUACUAAAAGCGCUGAUUGAGCAUGGCAGCGAUGUAUUCCUCAAGAACAAUGACGGUAAAAACGCCUUGAUGAUUGCCCAGGAGAUGAACACACAGAAAGCCCUUCAGAAUGCUCUGUAUGAGUGUGGAUUUAAUAAAGACGGGUUUGCCAUAAGGAAAUAUUUUAAGAACCCCAUGCAUGCGAAAAUGGUUACUUUUUUUACGCCUUGGCUCAUCCUUGGGCUCAUAUUAUCCUUUUUUGCCUACUUUUCCAUUUUGCUUGCGAUCUUGGGGUGCUUGUUAACGGUCCUGGCGGCAGGGUAUGGCUUAUACAACUUUGUUUUCCCUUCCUUCAUCUUGAUGAAACGGAUUGUUAUCUUUAAAACACCAUUACUAGCAGGUAUUCUCAGCGGGACAAUAUUUUGGCUAUUAUAUGUAUGGCUAUUCAAGAUGCUACCGGCAACUUUCGAUGACGAGCCAAUUCUAAACUUGACGGUUUUCGCUCUUUUCGCAGGCGUUGUGUUUUUGUUAACCAAGCUACUCCAGUCAGACCCCGGGUACAUCGUCCCUGCUACGGAUCAUAACCAAAUCCGCGCGACUAUUAUUGAGCUACUAAGGGUCGGCAAAUAUGACUCGAAGCACUUCUGCAUACAUUCGUGGAUCCGUCUUCCAUUGCGCGCUAAGUACAAGCGAUUUGUUCACAGCGUUAUCCUGCGCUAUGACCAUUACUGCCCAUGGAUAUACAACUACAUCGGUUUCCGGAACCAUAAAAUAUUCAUUUACUUUAUUUUACUGUUAGACUUGGGUAUCUUGGCCCUAGCCAAGUUGUGCCUGGAAUACUUUGACGAGCUGAAGGAUCACGCCAAGAACAAAGAUGCCCUCAAAUGUUCCAUUUUGAGUAAAGAUCUCUGUGCCGGAUUUACAUACGACCCCUUCACGCUCUUUCUGCUAGAAUGGGUCUGCGUUCAGGGGAUGUGGAUCCUGGCGCUGAGCUUCGUCCAGUUUUUCGAAUGUCUAAAGGGCGUUACAGAGCAUGAAUUCGCCCAUUGGCAACGCCGAAAUAGAGGCGUAGUCGGGCGGGAGCAUGUGUUUAACACCGCCCCUGAAGAGCUCAUGGAAGAAGACCCUGAGGAAGAACGGAACAAACUACGUUCUUUGGGUGCCGCCGGCCAGCGCCAUUGUUGCUCUACCCUAACUACUGCCACCGGAUUUGACCGUUUUCUCAGCGUCAUCGGCUCCUCCUUGGGCAGACAGCCUCGCACCACGCAUAACCCCAUCAACUACCCAAUUGAAACAGACUACGGCUGGAAGCAGAACCUGAAGGAUUUCUGGCUCACAAGUGAUAUCUCCGCCCCUAUGUGGCGGCGCAUCCUACUACCACCUGUCGGUACGCGUGGCUUACUAAAUGGUCAGGAGGUCGACUAUCAAAAACUUUACAACCUACCAGAGCGCGUUAUCUCGAUCGAGGAGAUCGUCUAA